CGCUGUGUUUUGAGUUUCCACGCGAUACAUAGACCACCAAAAAAAAUACACAUCGGAAUUUAGCUGUUGUGCACAAAUUGGCUAAGAAAAAAAAAACUUGUGUGUUAAAAAAACGAAAUCGAUUUAAAUCUUCUGUUGUUAUUGAUUCAAGUGGUGCGAAAAAAUGAGUACGAUUUUGGAGAAAAUUGCGACGAUCGAGUCUGAGAUGGCUCGAACGCAAAAGAACAAGGCAACGGCUGGCCAUUUGGGUUUGUUGAAAGCACGUUUGGCAAAAUUGCGCCGUGAAUUGAUCACACCGAAAGGCGGUGGCGGUGCAUCGGAACAAGGAUUCGAAGUUGCAAAAACGGGUGAUGCUCGUGUUGGUUUUGUCGGUUUUCCGUCGGUCGGGAAGUCAACGUUACUAUCCAAUUUGGCCGGUGUUUAUUCGGAGGUGGCCGCAUAUGAGUUUACAACGUUGACCACUGUGCCUGGCUGCAUAAAAUACAAAGGCGCUAAAAUUCAAUUGCUCGAUUUGCCCGGUAUCAUUGAAGGCGCUAAGGAUGGUAAAGGUCGUGGUCGUCAAGUUAUUGCUGUCGCUCGUACAUGUAAUUUAAUCUUUAUGGUUUUGGAUGUGCUAAAACCGUUACAUCAUAAAAAACUAUUGGAACAUGAAUUGGAAGGUUUUGGUAUUCGAUUAAAUCAAAGCCCACCGAAUAUUUCAUAUCGUAAAAAAGAGAAAGGUGGCAUUAAUUUGAAUUGCAUGGUGCCGCAAAGUGAACUCGAUAAUGAUACCGUAAAAACCAUUUUAUCUGAAUAUAAAAUUCAUAAUGCUGAUAUUACGCUGAAAUACGAUGCCACUUCGGACGAUUUAAUCGAUGUUAUUGAAGGAAAUCGAAUUUAUAUUCCAUGUAUUUAUCUACUCAAUAAAAUCGAUCAAAUCAGCAUCGAAGAGUUGGACGUUAUUUAUAAAAUACCGCAUUGUGUACCCAUUUCGGCUCAUCAUCGUUGGAACUUUGACGAUUUACUCGACCUCAUGUGGAGAUACUUGAAAUUGGUGCGAAUCUAUACGAAACCGAAAGGUCAAUUGCCCGACUACAAUUCACCAGUUGUACUGCAUUGUGAACGCACUUCGAUUGAGGACUUCUGUAACAAACUUCAUCGCACCAUUGCAAGAGAAUUUAAAUAUGCUCUUGUGUGGGGAUCAUCAGUGAAACAUCAACCGCAAAAAGUAGGAAUCGACCAUAUUUUGAAUGAUGAAGAUGUUGUUCAAAUUGUUAAGAAAGUCUAAAA